UUUUCUUUCUUUUUUCUUUCUUCUUUUCCUUCUUCUUUCCUUAUCCUUCUUCUUCUCAACAAUCGAUCACACAUCCACCACAGAUAUAAGCACAUAGAGAUACCCAUAUAAAACAAUAUUAUAGAGGUGAUAAACAGCUUGAGCAGCAAAUCAAUCAAUUACUAGAACGACAGCGACAUCUUAUAUAUCCAACAAUGACUCAACAAGAACAACAUCAAGCAAGACUCGCUUUCAUCGGAGGAGGCAACAUGGCUGAAGCCAUCUUGGGCGGUCUUCUCGCCUGUGGAUACCCUCUCUCUCAAUGUGUGGUCACAGAGCCAAUCCAAGCUCGGUGUGAAUUCCUCCAGACCAAAUACCCUGGUCUCCAAACCCUUUCAGGUCCUCAAGCCAACAGAUUGGCUGUCACCGGUUCUCAAUCAACUAAAGCAACUGCUGAUCUGAUCAAGGAAGGAUCCAUUCAGGUCAACCCUACAACCGCUUCUGCCGAUUUCGCUCCUGCAGAGGUCGUCAUCUUGGCAGUGAAGCCCCAGAUCCUUCGAUCAGUAGUCGUGGACAUCGCCCCCGCAUUGUUGGCUCGUCAGCCUUUGGUCAUCUCAAUCGCUGCUGGUAUCGAGACAAGUGCGAUCGCACGAUUCAUGGCUGAGGGCUCAUCAUCAUCUGGAGCAACUUCAGACGCAACCGUAACAGAAGAAUCAGGAUACAAAAAUACAAAGAAACAGCUUCCUCCAGUCAUUAGAGUCAUGCCCAAUACCCCCGCAUUGGUCCUCGAGGGUGCAGCAGGGAUGUAUGCAACGGCUGAUGCGACUGUAGAACAUCGUCGGGUUGCGGAAUCGUUGAUGGGAGCUGUGUCGAAGCAAGUUUCCUGGGUCGAAUCCGAAUCCUUGAUCGACACCGUGACCGGGAUCUCUGGAUCUGGACCCGCAUAUUUCUUUUUGAUGAUGGAGGCCAUGGAGGAAGCCGGUGUAGCUCUGGGAAUGGAUCGUGAGACUGCCAAGGCUUUGACGAUUCAAACUUGUUUGGGUGCUGCAAAGAUGGCUCAGCUCAGUGAGGACGAUCUCAAGACCUUGCGGGUCAAGGUCACAUCGCCUCAGGGUACAACCGAUGCAGCCAUCAAGGCUUUUGAGGCCGGUGGAUUCCGGGAUUUGGUCCAAAAGGGUGUCACUGCUGCCGAUGCCAGAAGUCGUACCCUCGCCAAGGAAUUGGGAGGAUCAAAGUUGUAGAUUAAACAAGGGAGACCUGCCCAUUUUUUUUUUUUUUUUACUCAUCUCCCU